AUGGCCGACGUGGUCGGCUUUCGUAAAUGGCAGCUACAUCCGGGUAGAAAUCAAUUUUGCUGUAAUGGUCGUAUUAUUAUGGCUCGACAAAGUUCUAUAUUUAUUAUUACAAUUUUUCUUAUUUUAUCAACAAUGACGCUUUUUUUUAUAUUUGACGCGCCUUUUUUAUCUAUGCGUGUUUCGCCAGCUUUACCUAUUAUUGCAGCGGUGCUUUUGUUGUUAGUAUUUGUAAAUCUCUUUAAAGCAUCAUUUUCUGAUCCAGGUAUUCUUCCUAAAGCAACAAAUAUGGAAGCAGUGGAGCUCGAUCGUCAAAAUGUUUCUGAAAGGAAUACAUCUGAUACAAUUCGGUUGCCACCACGAACAAAAACUAUUUUAAUUAAUGGUCAAAAUAUCAAAGUCAAAUAUUGUUUUUCAUGUCGUCUGUUUCGUCCUCCUAGAUCCUCUCACUGCUCUGUUUGCGAUAAUUGCAUUCUUAAUUUUGAUCAUCACUGCCCUUGGGUUGGUAAUUGUGUGGGGCAGCGUAAUUAUCGACAUUUUUAUUUCUUUAUUGUUCUGCUUACAGUACUUACAUUAUUUAUAUUUUGUUGUGAAUGUAUUCAUCUAACAAUGUUAUCGAAAUCUGAUAAAGCGUUUUUGGGUGCUGUGAAAAAUAGUCCAACCACUUUGUUGGUGGCGCUAAUUUGCUUCUUUUCUAUUUGGUCCAUUUUUGGACUUUCUGGUUUUCAUACUUAUCUUUUGGCGACAAAUCAAACAACCAAUGAAGAUAUAAAAGAAACGUUCAGUUCAAAGCGUAGACCUCGAAUAAAAAAUCCUUAUGCAAAAAAGACUAUUUUUCAUAACUGUUGCUAUGCUCUUUGCGGUCCCGAACCACCCAGGUUUGAUUAUAUUUAUUUGAUUUUAGAGUUAUUUAAAUUCAAUGAAAAAAACUUCAAUGUGCAAAACUAUUUUCAUAAAAUCCUUGGAUUUUAUUGGAUUUGUACAUAG